AUGCUGUACACUUUGGUUUGGACCUUAACAGUGCUUUGCAAAUUCUGCUUUGCAGUACUAGGUGAUUUUCUUUUAAUAGAUUCAGAUGUGGGGCAUCAUCAUAUGUUUCCUUUGUCUCCCACAAUCGAAAGAGGUUCAACCCUGCAACUUUUUUGUAGUCUUGGCAAAAAGCUCUAUCCCUAUAAAAAUGCAAGUCAUAUAAUCUGGACACUGAAUGGGGAUACGAUUGCAAAAGACAACUAUGUAAUUGUCAAUGAUUCUGUCUCUGGAGUUAUUAUCCAUAAUUUUACUUAUGGAGAGGCUCACGUGAAAUGCUAUGUUGAUUUUCCCCAUGAAAAGCAACAUCUGGCUCAAACUGAAGUUAAAUCAGGAUUUGCACCACAGAGACCUGAAAAUAUUUCUUGCAUUAAUUAUGAGGGCAAAAAUAUUACUUGCAGUUGGACUUUUGAACGAGAUACAUACAUUGAAACAAACUACACAAUUCUUGGAAAGUAAGUGCUACUAUUACGAGGCUGGUUUUUAAACGACACCUGGAGAAGCAAGAAUGGUUCAAGAUCUUGGAACUUCCAGACUGACAUACACUAUCCUGAGUUUUGUAUCCAGCUUAAAUUAGAAAAUCCGUUGGGGAAAGCAGAGUCAUUGUGUAUUCCCCAAAAUUCAGAGGAAAUUUUGAAGAUUAAACCAACUCCUGUCAAAGUGAAAAAAAUUCCAGGAGUGAAGAAAAUGCUAACAGUUUCCUGGGAAAGAAAAAGGAAUGGAGUCAAGUGCCAGAUACGAUACAGAAAUUUGAAGCAAAAUGACUCGGAAGAAGCCUAUAACUUCAGCGAAGUUUCUCAGCAAAAUGAUUUUAAUCUCACCAAUCUGUGGAGUUUUACAGAAUAUGCUGUUGCCAUUCAGUGCAUUUAUGAUGGAUCGAGAUACUGGAGUGAAUGGAGCAGAGAGCAGAAUGGAAUAACAGAGGAAGAAGCUCCCUCAAAAGAAGUAGACUUAUGGAGAGUGCUUGAAAAAUGUCAGCCAACUGGAUCCCGACAGGUUCAUCUUUUAUGGAAGCAACUCAAAGAGAAUGAAUCUUUAGGAAUAAUAAAAGGUUACAGAAUCAAGUGCUUCACACAAAGCAACCAUUCUUUUGCGUGGGCAAAGAACACUACUGACAAGUCGGUUACUGUCCCGUUAAUGGGGGAAGCCUACGUGAUUAGCGUUAUUGCUCAUAACGCAGCUGGAGAUUCUCCAGAGGCAGUUCUGAGAAUUCCUUCAUGUGCUGAAGAAAGCAAGGCUCAGCCAAGGGUUGUUAUGCUGAAUGCUUCUGUUUUAAAUGAACAAAUGACUGCGGAAUGGAAAACAGAUUCAGAUAUAAACAGUUUUGUUGUAGAAUGGUAUGAUGUGUCGGAAAUGAAUGCAUCUGAAAGAUCAUGGCAAUACGUCAAAAAUGCCACCAGAUGGACAUUUCAGAAAGGAGCCUUCGAACCAUAUAAGCGUUACAACAUCUCGGUGUAUCCUAUGUACAAAGAUGAACUAAAAGCCCCAAGUUCCAUAACAACCUACUUUAAGGAAGGACGUCCCUCAGAAGGUCCUGUUGCACACGUAGAGAAUAUUGAUAAAAACGAAGCUACCAUAAAGUGGAAUAAAAUUGAAAACGCAAAUGGUGAUAUUAUUAACUACACUAUAUUCUACAGACUGGAAGGUGGAAAAGAGUUAGGAAAGACGGUGGAUGCUGGUCUUCUACAAUACCGACUAAAGUCUUUGCAAGCGAACGCCAGGUAUACAGCUCAUGUAAUGGCAAGCACCGUUGCUGGUGGAACCAAUGGGAGUGCUACCGCUUUCAGCACCAAUCGACUUGGUGUAGUAGAAAUAGUCCUUAUUUACAUAUUUGCUGGAAUGGUAAUGCUGUGCCUAUUAACCUUUGGGUUAUUGUGGGCCCUGAAAAGACGCAUGUUAAAAAGGAUUUUCUGGCCGAAAAUACCACAUCCUAAAUUACAUGAGAUGAGCCAGGAUAAUCUGGAAAAGCCAUUGAAAGAACCACAGUCUGAGGAGAACACGGUCAUUCCUGAGGUCGUUAGUAUUUUGAAAGUCGCGGAGAAUGAUGAGUGUCAGCUGCUGAAUCUUGAAGAUUGCUUGGGGCAGACAAAGGUCGCUAAAGAAGGUGCCAUUUGUCUGCAUGAGGCUUCAGGCAGUGGAGAACGUGAAGCGAUAGCACCUCUCUUACAGACAGCACCCUCCCCUGGACAACAUGUCAGGAGUCAACUACUUCCAGCUCCAGUGAGCCAACAGCCACCUUUACAAAGAUCGGAAGAAAGCUUAUCUGAACGUUAUCAGAACUCUAAUUGUAGAGAUGAGGAAAAACAAGAUCAGCCAAAUACGAAAGAAAAAAACGAGUUCAACCCCUACUUAAAGAACUCUGUCCGUACAAGGGAGUUCCUGAAGGGUGAGAACUCGUCGGUCCCGAAGAAGAAAGAAAGAAAGAAAAAGACUGUUCCUGCCCCACCUUGUGUGUUAAGUGGCAACGGGCAGCAAUAUGUGGCACUGGAUGCAAUUGUGCUGAGUAUUGGUGAACUGCAGAGUACUUAA